CUCAGUACUCGCUUCCUCAUUUAGUCAUUUCUUCAUUUCUCUCUGUCUCAUCAAUAAUGAUCAGCGAUUUCUAGAGACCGAAGAUGCAGUCCUCACUCUACCUUUGUCUAGGGGGAAGAAGCAUUAUAACACCUGAACCGAAUCCCUUCACAAUCACAACCAAUCCUACAACAAGUAAAUCGCGACUGUCAGUCUUCACUCCUUCCAGAGCCGUCCUUUCCACUUUAAUCUCCUCUUCCCAGUCUUCUUUCGGAUGGGAAUCUUUUAUUCCACACAGCCAGAGCCUGUUCAUCUGUGCUCCAACAAGUAGAUUCAUCCAGAGAACAAGGAAAACAGUUCCUUUACCAUGUCCACCUUAUUCUGCCAAUUCAUCAAACACCAUCAGCAGCAGCGGUGAGGGUGGUCAUCGUAGUCUUCGGGGCUGGAUAGAAUUGGUGGGAGAAGUCUUGUCGACGUUAUUCCCAAUAUGGGUAGCUCUGGGUUGCCUUCUGGGCCUCCUAAAACCAAGUUCCUUCAAUUGGGUUCAACCCAAGUUGACGAUCCUAGGCCUUACCCUCACCAUGCUCGGCAUGGGUAUGACGCUUACUCUUGAUGAUCUCCGAGGCGCAUUGGCAAUGCCGAAGGAAUUGCUCACUGGUUUCGUACUCCAAUACUCGGUAAUGCCGUUAUCAGGAUUUUUUGUGAGCAAGCUCUUAAAGCUGCCUUCCUAUUAUGCUGCUGGGUUGAUAUUGGUUGCUUGCUGCCCUGGAGGAACAGCAAGUAAUAUUGUCACCUACAUAGCACGAGGAAAUGUGGCUCUCUCAGUGUUGAUGACAGCUGCAAGCACACUAUCUGCUGUGGUAAUGACUCCUUUCCUCGCAGCCAAACUCGCAGGGCAAUUUGUUGCAGUAGAUGCAGCUGGACUUCUUAUGUCUACAUUGCAGGUUGUUCUUCUUCCUGUAUUGUUUGGUGCUGUUCUGAAUCAGUAUUGCCAAUGGGUGGUUCGUUUGGUUUCUCCCUUGAUGCCAACUAUUGCUGUGGGAACCGUAGCUGUUCUAUGUGGUAAUGCAAUUGCCCAGAAUGCUUCUGCCAUCCGUAUGUCAGGUCAACAAGUGGUUCUUGCUGCCUGUCUUCUUCAUUCAUCUGGAUUUUUCUUCGGUUAUAUACUUUCAAGGGUACUUGGGGUUGAUGUGUCAUCCUCACGCACCAUCUCUAUUGAGGUUGGCAUGCAGAACUCAGUGCUCGGUGUAGUGCUUGCUGGUCAGCAUUUUGGAAAUCCCUUGACUGCUGUACCUUGUGCUGUUUCCAGUGUUUGCCAUUCAAUCUUUGGUAGUCUUUUGGCAGGAAUCUGGAGAUCCACUGCACCAAAGCACAAUCAGGAUUGACAUAACCAUGUCUAGAUGAGAGAAGAAAGAAAUGUAAAAAAAUCUCCAUUCUACCUGUGAUGUGAAUUAACUCUUUCUUAGGAAAUGCAAAACAUGAUCUUAGAAUUGGCAAUACUUUGCCAUCCAAUUAGUGCAAAUUUGCACCAGUUGCCACUUGCCAACAUAUGAUUUAAGGAUUAUUUGGUUUGAAGUUUUUGUCUGCUAAGUUUCAGAAUGUAUAAAGAUUGUGACGUCGUGUACCGCUA